AUGACGACAGGUGAUGAUGGUGACGAAGAAGAUGUUGUCCGCAGCUACCUCCAAUCCGUUUGCUCUGGCUCGACUGGCGCGCGCACUGGACUCGACUCGACUCGACUCACAGGACUGCAGGCCAGUCUCUCGCAGCUCGAGACCAGACUUGGUCCUCCAACUUCUGGGCGGCUCCUCGUUGCGCUCGCAAUCUCGACACCCACGUCCGGAGCCGUUGGACCUGUCGCUGCCAGCACCUCCGAGGCCCCGCCUGUGCCCUGCAGCCGGGAUCCUGAGGCCAGAGACUGCCUCGCCGCCGCCUCUCUGUGGCCCAAGUCGAGAGUGAAUCCAGGCAGCGAGGGCAAAGUCGAAAGCUCGGCCGAACCAUGUCUCGAAGGCACUGCCGGUCUGCAAGCCCAACUCGACGGCCCACACGGAAGAGCAGGCCAGGGCAGAGCGAGUGGCAGCCAGCUGCGCUCUGAAGACCAAGAAGACUUGAAGCAGUCUCAACGCGACCCUCGAGGCGGAGAGGGGGGCAGACAGGGCUACGAGGGAGCAGCAGUUGGCGAUCUCGAGACCAGGCAGCGGCGUCGGCGUGCGGGUGUGCGUGCAAGCCAGCAAGGUCUAGUCGCCAGAAGCUCGCGCUCCCAUUGCCUUCCCGUCUCUCACCAUACCCAUCAAGGUAAGUCGCACCGAUCCCAUGCGGUCGUGUGCUCGAGAUAUGCACAUGGUGGCCUCGAUCCAAGCAUCCCGACACAUGCCAACAAUGGCACCUACGCCAGCAGCGACAACGAAAGAAGGUUUGCCGAGUGCAGCCAGCACGACGCGCAUAGCAUUGGCCAAGCGACAUCGCAGUACAACCAUCUCUUUCGCAUGCAUGUCGACCAGGAUGCUCUGCCCGACGCAUCUGUAGUCGCUCGCUAUGACGUGCACCACCGAGACACGCCGACGCAUCAGCCGUUCUCAGUCUCUCGCCAAUCGAUUCUCGACACGUCACCAGCAUCACAAGUUCGUCCCCAGCCGGCAGGAUGUGAACUAGCUCUACAUCAAGAGUCUGUGCCUCGGGAACGGACAGCGGUCGCUGGAUUGUUGCAAUCCGGUGCUUGCUUGCCGUUUGUCUGGGAUGAGGACGCUAGAGCCAGGAUCUUCCCCUGCCAUUCCGACGCUGGUCACUACUACUGCAGCAUCAUCAUCGUACUCUUUCUUUGUUCCGGCACCAAGGGUGACUUGAUCGAGGCAACCUAG